GAAAAACAUGCCAGUCAAACUGUCUGCAAAAUGUGACCUUCUAUUGGAUUUCUGAAAAAUUCAUGCAGGUUGCAGGGACUAGCUAUAUUUGGAGAAGAGAGGGGGCAAAAAAAUCAACAUGAUGAAGAGAAAAGAGAUGCUACUUUUUCCCUUGCUCUGUAACUGUAUCUCCCACUAGGCAAACUAGAGAAAAGUAGCUGCGUCUUGUAGUUGAAGUAGGCAUGCUGCAGGGAAUAAAAGUAGUCUUCAACACGACCGGAGAAGAAAAAUAAUGGCAGUCCUCUCCAGCGACGCUCUCGAUGAGCGGGAGGCUCUUCGUGCCAUUUUCGGCAUGGAAUUCAGUUCACGGACAGAAAACGAAUGGGCCAUCGCGUUUCCACCUCCAACUUGUAUCGAUGACGAUUUUUCAUCUUGCACCAAGCUCGUGGUGCAUCUCUCCAAUUCAUAUCCAGAGGAACCGCCAGUAGCUGAGAUCGAACGCGCACCAACAGGAUUGGAUGUCCAAAGUACUCUCGAGUCUCUCCCUUUCAACGCUGGCGAACCCUGCGUCUACGACUGGGCAUGCGAGCUGAGGGGAAAAUUAGACGACCUGAGGGAUCUGUUUCAACCUGCUGCUCCUGCUAAUGGGAUGCUAGAACCAUUAGUAGGUGAUGAAGUUGGCGAUUUUGACGCAGGAGCUUACGACCCUGAGGCAUUGGAUGACUAUUUCUUGUCCCUUGGAAUGGAACAAGCGAAAGAGUACUAUGAAGAAGGUAGUGCAGGAGGAGCGACAGACUAUGAGGCUAUCUCAAAACUCUUCGAACAGGAGAAGCUAUACAAAUCUUUAUCUUCCUCGUCUUCAUGCAGUGGUAGUAAGAACUACAGUACUGGUUCUAGUGGUGAAGCAGCUUCUGGCAUUACGAUAGUACACGGUGAACCCUUCACGGAAAAGAAAUCGACAUUUCAGUGUCAUUGCGCAGUGGUUCGGUCAGAAGCUGACGUUACGUGGGUCUUGGAAAAAUUGUACGAGGAUAACAAAAUCCGAAGAGCAACCCACAACCAGUAUGCAUGGCGAUUGAGGGAUGCACAGGUAUGAAUCUUAUGUAUGAGGUUUUUUCGGAUUGUUCGGAUUGUCGUAGAAUCGUGAUUGUCGUAGACCUAGUAGAUAUUACCUGGCCAUUUUGUCCUGUCAGAGUUUUGCAGCUUGAAUGUUUUUUCAUGUCUUCAGCCACGACAACACAUCCUCAGGGCCAUCUGCGUGCGGACAACAACGACGAUGGAGAGGCUGGCGCAGGACGGAAGAUAGCGGAGCUUUUGCAGAUGAAAAAAGUAGAGAAUGUGUUGUGCGUUGUUUCUAGAUGGUUCGGGGGCGUCCUCAUGGGCCCUGAUCGAUUCAAAGCGAUCGGCCGCUGUGCUGCAGACCUACUAGACAGCAAAUUCAAGCAUUGUGUCGUUGGAGGAGGGUCGACGUCGGGUGGGAAGAAGAAGUAGUGGAGUUCUGAAGUCUCCAAAUCCAAAUCCAAAUCGUGGAUAUGAUGCAUAGCGCACUUCAUUACACAGCCACCUGCUAGAGGACCUCACGGAUCUAAAACUCGACCAAUCUAUGGGUGCAACCAAAAUUUUUGUCCUCCCUUACCGCGCACCCCCAUGACAAUUUUCAACGUUUCUGAUCCCAAAACGCUAUUCCGCUAUCCCCUCUAAUUAAGCGCAAACCUCUACCUCCUCUUUUGCAAUAUCGAACGACAAAAAAAUCUUUGUCGACAUGCAGUCUCGUGGAUCGGUAGUCUCGAUCGUCGUUAUCAUGAGGGGAACGACCUGAGAGUGAAAGUCAAAAUGUAGACGAGAAGGAGACAGUUUUAUCUCAAUCCAAGCAAAUGCGCGAGAGCGAGUAACGCUACAUUGGAAACAACAUUCCUACUUCCAGAAUCUGAUCGAAAGUAUCCAGACGAGCAAUUAAGGAAAUUUUGCUCGUCUGGAUACUUUCGAUCAGAUGAAUUUAUACGACUUAGGGACCUCCUCGGCAUUGCCGCAACAUUUUAGGCUUAGAGCGGAAUUGAAGAACUUCCAGGAUUACUUCGUUUUCGUUGAUCAUUGAUUGGUAAAAAGAGCGGCGAGAUUCGCAGCGCCGCACUGCUUUUAGUCCUAUCGUGAGGAAUAUAUUGAAAACAACAUUCCUACUUCCAGAAUCUGAUCGAAAGUAUCCAGACGAGCAA